CCGCGGCAACUGACCGACUGGGCGACACCGUGCCAGGUGCGGGGGAAGCAGAAACCUCUACGCGAGGCUGUCUCACGCUGAGUAGAUGAAUUGCAAAAAUGGCAGCCAGGAAUGAGAUGCAGUUUGAAAAGUUAAUUGAUGAAGCUACAAGAAAAAAAGAUUUCCAAUUAUUAGAACAAUUUCUGGCAACAGAAGACUGUGAAAAUGUCUCUCACAAAUGCAGCAAACAGUUUGUCAACAAAUUAGACAAGCUUCUAUGUCAGGAACUUGACAAACAAGACGUCAAAAGCAUUUCCACUUUACUAAAUUCUAUUCAGAAAUGUGGGGAAAAAAUCAGCAUAGCAGGAGAAGAUGGGCUCCCAGCAAUGAUAAAAUACGGUCUUAUUGGAAGGAUGGUUAACUGGUUUGAAAAGGUAAAAGGAAUUUUCAUCCUCAGAGGAAAUGAAAAGAAUGAAAUGCUUACAAGUCUGGCUGAAGAUUUCUUCGACAUGUUGCUGGCUAUAUGUGAUAGCAGACCUGAAGGUAAAAUGCAAAUACUGGAAAACUUUGUUCUGAGAACAUGUACCCUCAUUGCUGAUGUAGUAAGAAAACUUAAUUUAAUGCUUGACAACACGCCUCGAGAUGCCAGGAAAAAACUGUUUUCUACAAAGGAAAUGUUGCUUGUCAUGAGUGACAUGGGGAGGAGAAUUUUGGAUGCUGGAGACUAUGACCUGCAAGUAGCCAUUACGGAAGCUUUAUGCAGAAUGAUAUCAGAGAAACAAAGAGGAGAGCUGGCAUGCCAGUGGUUUUCCAUGGAGUUUGUGUCCAAUGCAUUUAAAGGAAUUAAAGAUGCUGAGUUUGAAACAGAUUGCAGAAAAUUUCUUAACCAAGUGAAUGGCAUGCUUGGCGACAAAAGAAGGGUUUUUACAUAUCCGUGUUUAUCAGCAGCUCUUGAUAAUUAUGAGCUACAGAUACCAUUGGAUGAAAAUCUUGAAGAAUUUUGGAUUGAUUUCAAUGUCGGUAGCAGAAGUAUAUCUUUCUAUGUGGCAGCAGAUGAUGCAGAUCAUCAGUGGGAAACAGUCAUUAUACCAGAAGAAGAGGUAGACCUGUACAGCCUUGAAGAAAAAGAUUCAAAGAAAUUAUUAACAAUAAAUCUAAAAAGCCCAAUGAAUGUGGGUAAUCAAGAAGGAGAUACAUUUUUUUUGUAUUUUGAUUCUAUCUUGGAAAUCAAAGAUGUAACCAGAAAGAUUUAUGGAUUUAGUAAAUGUAAGGGCUUUAGUAAGAAGCAGUCUGCAUCAGUUGCCAAAACAACUGUACAUGUUGUCUUUGAUGAAAGCGGAUCACAGGUUCUGAUACCAGAAAGUCAGUUGUCACCAUGUUCAGAAGAAAAAUCUGAAGAAGAGCAGAAACUCAGUAAGUACAAAACUCAGCAACUUCCUGGAGCUUUGAGGACUCUGAAUAAAAAUAACAGUCAAGAAAAACACAGAGGUGGUUCCUCCAAGAUAACUACGUCUUGUAAAAGGAAAGUGUCUGAAGCAUCCGUGCUUAUUCCUGGAACUACGAGACUUUCCACACGGAGUCCACUGGUAUUUGUUAGCACAUCCACUCCUUGUAAAGGACGAUUUAAAUUACCUUUGGAAAUGAUGAGCUCUGCUGAAAGGUCUAACAAUAAUGCAAUUAAUGAGACCAGAACAAAGAAUUUCUGUCAAGAACCUACUGGAAGUGGGCAAAGAUGUACACUAGACGAUGAAUUUUGUAAAACAGAACAGAUCAGGAAGUCAAAUAUCAGAAAUGAGACAAAACUACCUGAAAAGCGUAUGUGUGCUGAAGAAGUUUUAGAAAUGAUACAAGAGGCAGAAAUUGAGGCUGCACAAAAGCAAACUUUAGAUGAAGUGUUAGAUAUUGUUCCUGAUUCUCAGCCAGUAGGGAGAAGCAACAAACCUUUGCUGUCUGGUCUUUUGGAGAGUUCUUUUGAUAAAACCAAAACAUGGAAAAAAAGAGCAUGCUCUGUUCCUGAGAAGAAUAUAACAACUGGUGACAAGCAAAAGCUAAAUACAUCAUUGGCACCGAGAGCGUCCGAAACAUCUUUGCAUUCUGAUUUUACAAGAGAGGUACCUGAUGUUCUCUUUAGAAAAGAGACUGCAAAUCCCAAACAAUCAAAGGUGAAAACAAAGGCUACAGAAAUGACAGAUGCAGCAAAAUCACUAAUUAGUAAAAUCAGUGACAGAUAUCAAGUAAAGACUCAUGAGAUAAGCAAAGCAAGAGACUCCUUGGGUUUUAACAGGCCACAUUUAAAUAAAUCCUGUGUCUCUAAGGAUAGAAACCUGAAAACCACUACUUUUCUUAAUAUAACUGCUGGUCAUAUUAUGGAUGAUGUCUACAACUUUAACAUCAGUGGGUUUGAUGAGCCUACAAUAAAGCUUGGAAUCCAAGAAUUGCAUGUUACCGAACUGAGUGUUCAUACAGAUCCAAAGAAAAAAGGGAACACAGAUGACAGUAAAACUAGUACUGAAGUGAAAGGAAGAAAAACAACUAGAAACAAUCAAAACAAGAAGCAUCUCUUUAGUGACACAGACACAGAAUACAGAGGUGAUGACAGCAAGACAGACAUUAGUUGGCUACAAGAUUCAAAUAGAAAAUCUAAAGCCCAGUUAAUUGAUUACAGUAGAAAUAAAAACUUGGGGAAAUCUAUAAGCACAGACAAAACAGAUAAAUUCUGUGAACCUGCUUGCGACAUGGAUAAACCUAAAGGCAAAAAUGCAAGUAAGAAAAAGAUAAACAAACCUAAAAAACAGAAUUCAAGAACUGAUGAAAUAAAAGAACAAAGCACCAGAGAAAAACGACCUCGAAGAGCAGCCUUAGCAAAAAAUUACAAAGAGCCUUCCAGUUCAGAGUCAGAGAGUGAAAGGAAAUCUUCAGCUUGUACCUCUAGGGAGGAGAAAUCAAAAAGUCAGAAACAUUUGAAUGGGGAAAACAAGGAUGAUAAUCAGCAAAAGGCAUUCCAGAAUGUUGUAUCUAUGGAGCCAAAGAGAGUAGCUAACUUUGUACAUAAAGCAUUUAUUAAAUCAAAGAAUUCUGCAGAACAAAAGGAAAUUGAAAUGCCUUCAUCCGAGAGUCCUGCAUCUCUUGAGACAAUGAGAUGUGCUGAAAGAAUAUCAGAAGGAGAUAUUACUCAAGAGUGUACGUAUAGUGAAAGAUUGUCUGGUCUUCAGGAGUCAACACCAGAAAAAAGAGAAAUGUUAAACUUUGAGAAAGGAAUCUCUCCCAAUAAUUUCUGUCCACAAAAAAAGAAUAUUCAAAGCCUAUGUCUAGAACAGUCCCCUAAGACGACUGUUAAAAAGUUAACAUUUGGAAAUACAAGUUUCUCACCAGUUUUAACUGAAGCAUCUUUGCUCAGCUUAACAACAUACAAAUCUGUCAGUGGAAAACAUGCAAAGGGAUCUGUAUCUGAAACACACGAUAAUAACGAAGACUCAAGUUUCAGACAUUGCUUUUCAGACACACUUUCUGUUAAAGGAAAGCUACAAGAUAUUGCUAAACCUAUCACCAAAAGUGAAGAGGAGGAUUGUGUACCACCAUCUCCAUUGUCUGCUUCCAGUGGAAGUAAAGCACAGUCUUGGAGUGAAGAACCUUACGGCCCCAUACAUGAAUCAGGACCAACUAUACAGACAUUUCUCAAACGAAGGUACCACAGUGAUACAGAAAGCAAUUCUGAUGAAGUAGAAACAGGCAAAGAGGAGGAAAAGAAAGGAAACAGAAAAACAAAAUUACAGCCUAGAAAAUUAUUUAAAACAGAUGAUGCUGUUACUUACAGAGUGUCUGAAAGCAUAUCUACUGUAUCUGUAAAUGAUCUGUCUGUUUUGGAUGGGGAAAUCUGGGAACCUGCUUGUUCAACAAUCAGUAUAUGUCAGAAGCUCCAGAAAGAAUUUACUAAGAAAAUUGAGAGCCGCUCACGGAGAAUGGAUCAUUUUACUAAGCAAUCAUUAAGAGUUGCCCAUGAGCAUUUAACAACAAUGAGUUACCAGCUUCAUGAAUGCAGGAUCAGGCAGCUGGACAAAUUUCAUUUUGCUCUCCUUGAGGAACUUGAGAAUUUUGAAAAAGAUUCUCAGUCCCUGAAAAACAUGGAAAAAGAAUUCUCGACCUUUUGGAAAAAACAUACACAUACUUUUGGUACAUACAUGAAAAAUGAGCAACAGAGAAUUCAGAUUCUUAAAACUUCAUUUGAAAAGAACAUCUACCAUACUGUUGACUAUGAAGAACAUAUUUUUACUUCAGAGAUGCAUCUGAUGAAAGAAGACAUAAAAGGACUCCAAGAGAAACUUCUUAAAGAAAUGCAAGAAGAGGAACUGUGUAAUGUUCGCAGAGGAUUGCAGACUUUGUUUCAGUCAGAAGAUAGAAUUCUGAAGUAGUAUUUUCAGAUACCUUCCUGAAAUUCAAGGUGAAUAUAACACUCUUUUAUAAUGUAAAAUUUGACAGCUGUUUUUGUUUUGUUUUUUUUUACACUCAAGGAAACUAUUGUAGUGAAAACAUAUUUUCCUUAAUAAUAUUAAAGUCUUUGUUGAUAAGACUUCUCCUUUUGUAUGUGAGAUUUGGAAUUAUUUUACUGAAUCUGCUAAAAUGCAAUAUGUAAAUUUUUGGAUUUCUAGCACAUGCUAUUUUUUAAGAAGUCUGUAACAAUUUUUAUAGGCUAUUUAACGGACUUGCAGAGAAAUUCACUUUGAAUAUAUGUUUUGGGUCUGUGUGUACAGAAUACCCCUUUUGUCUGAUCCAGAAUACAGUCAGAAUUAUUUAGGAAUCAAAUCUCCUGUUUCGGUCUCAGUCCUAUUUGUCUGUGGUGUUAUACUUCAGUAGGAAUAUCUAAGAGAAAAAAAACUCUAAACAC